AUGCACUUCCCGGCGGCUUUCGUUGCUGCGGUCGCAUUGGCUCUCGGCCCUGCGACCGCGUGGACGUUCAACGCGUCGAACGGGACCUCAGCGGGCGAGAAGGGGGACGUCCACGUGCCGCUGUACCGCUCGUGGACCAUCUCGAGCUUUGCCCAGCUAGAGCAGCUGUACCUGGCACUCCCCGGCCGUGUGUUUGUCCAGCUCGACCCAUCGCUGUUGCCAGAGACCGACGCGCCUGCCGAUCGAGCUCCUUCUGUGCCGGGUGUGGUGGAUGGAUUCACGCCGGGUGUCAAGCCUGGAUUCGUGCCGGGCGUCGAGCCUGGAUUCAUCCCUGGAUCAUCGCCAUCUGGUGACUCGAAGUCGUCUGCCGAUGCCCCCGCGGCUAAGGCUGCUGCUGCUGCUAUUCCAGGCGUUGUAUCUGGAGUCACGCCGGGCGUCGAGCCUGGAUUCGUGCCGGGCGUCGAGCCUGGAUUCAUCCCUGGAUCAUCGCCAUCUGGUGACUCGAAGUCGUCUGCCGAUGCCCCCGCGGCCAAGGCUGCUGCUGCUAUUCCAGGCGUUGUAUCUGGAGUCACGCCGGGUGUCAAGCCUGGAUUCGUGCCGGGCGUCGAGCCUGGAUUCAUCCCUGGAUCAUCGCCAUCUGGUGACUCGAAGUCGUCUGCCGAUGCCCCCGCGGCCAAGGCUGCUGCUGCUAUUCCAGGCGUUGUGUCUGGAGUCACGCCGGGCGUCAAGCCUGGAUUCGUGCCGGGCGUCGAGCCUGGAUUCAUCCCUGGAUCAUCGCCAUCUGGUGACUCGAAGUCGUCUGCCGAUGCCCCCGCGGCCAAGGCUGCUGCUGCUAUUCCAGGCGUUGUGUCUGGAGUCACGCCGGGUGUCGAGCCUGGAUUCGUGCCGGGCGUCGAGCCUGGAUUCAUCCCUGGAUCAUCGCCAUCUGGUGACUCGAAGUCGUCUGCCGAUGCCCCCGCGGCCAAGGCUGCUGCUGCUAUUCCAGGCGUUGUGUCUGGAGUCACGCCGGGUGUCGAGCCUGGAUUCGUGCCGGGCGUCGAGCCUGGAUUCAUCCCUGGAUCAUCGACAUCUGGUGACUCGAAGUCGUCUGCCGAUGCCCCCGCGGCCAAGGCUGCUGCUGCUAUUCCAGGCGUUGUGUCUGGAGUCACGCCGGGCGUCAAGCCUGGAUUCGUGCCGGGCGUCGAGCCUGGAUUCAUCCCUGGAUCAUCGCCAUCUGGUGACUCGAAGUCUUCUGCCGAUGCCCCCGCGGCUAAGGCUGCUGCUGCUGCUAUUCCAGGCGUUGUAUCUGGAGUCACGCCGGGCGUCGAGCCUGGAUUCGUGCCGGGCGUCGAGCCUGGAUUCAUCCCUGGAUCAUCGCCAUCUGGUGACUCGAAGUCGUCUGCCGAUGCCCCCGCAGCCAAGGCUGCUGCUGCUAUUCCAGGCGUUGUAUCUGGAGUCACGCCGGGUGUCAAGCCUGGAUUCGUGCCGGGCGUCGAGCCUGGAUUCAUCCCUGGAUCAUCGCCAUCAUCGAGCCCGGGCCUGGUCGAAUCCGGGCCUGACGCGAAUGACACGAAGUUGGUAGGCAAAGCCAUCGAUGUUCCGGCCAUGAUAUUGCGCCACCAUCGCCACCGCCACCAUCGCUGCGAGCACGAUUGCGACGACCGCUCGCAUGAUGAAGAGGAAUUGGUGGCCAGGAUUGUAGUCUCGAGCAAUUCGAGCGACUUGUUGAACAGCAUUGAAAUCGUCCCGCUGCACCCUGGCCGCAACGACGGGAUCAAACUUCAGCUGAAGAACGAAGACGCGUUGGUCGAAGGACUCGUGCUGACGCAGAUUUACCUGUAUGAGAAGAACAUGUUGCACCAAGUGACGACAGCUUUUUCGGGUGACGUGGUACUGGACGAGAAUGUAGUGAUGCUCGAUGACGCUGAAGCGGACGUGAAACUCGCGUGUGUGGGCGACGGCAAGCUGUUCUUGAAGUCCCAAUCGAACGCGACGCUUGGUUCAUUGGACGUGGAAGUUAUGGGCGCCGGCCUGGUGCAACUCGAGAUUCCUUCGGUGAGUCUUGAGAUGAAACUGGACGUGGAAGUCGCAGGUACCGGUGUCGUCGCGUUGAUAACGGACGACUUAACGGCGGACGAUGUCAAGUGCACGCUUUCCGGCUCGGGCGACAUUGUGGUAGACACGAGCAAUUUGGAUGCCCGGAAGCUUCAGGCUUCAGUGUAUGGCUCCGGUGUUGCCAGCUUUGCUACGGCGGGCUCUGUCGAGAAGGAGUCGUUGACUCUGUCUGGAUCCGGACAGCUGCUUGUUGGGUCGAUUGUGGCGGAAAAGGCGAAUGUGGACGUGUGGGGUAAUGGCGAGAUGCUCGUGCAGGUCACUGACAAGCUCACGGUUCUGACGUCGGUGUGGGGCAAGGUGGGCUACGUGAACGCGCCACCGACGGAGGUCAAGGUCAAGGGCUGGUGGUUUUGGCGUGAGACGAGCUCGAUUGUGCAUCCAGCGGCCGUGAACAAGGUUGCGGUGUAUGAGCCUGUGGCUGUACCAGCGAAGGUCCCGGUGCACUACACCAUCAAGACGGUGAAGUCGUUGCUAUCGGACGAGCCCAACUGCACAUUCACGGCGAGUGUGACGUCCGACGUGGCCGAUCUGAUGACGAUGUCGUUGUCAAAAGUGCAGCAGACUGACGCCACUUUGGCGGCUGCCAGUUCGGCUGAGACGCACAGCGUCUUUUACGCGUUCGUCGGUGUGGGUCUCAUUGUUGCGAAUGUGGCGGCUGCUCGAUCGUGGUCCGAGCGCCGAGCUCGUCGCCACUACACGCCUCUGCUGUAA